CCUCCCCCCUGCCCUCCCUUCCCUCGGCGUGGAGGAUGGUGCAGCCGCCCGCAGCCCCCGAGCCGGGCCGGGGCCGCCCUCCCCGGGGGCUGAGGGGAUGAGCCGUGCCCCGCCGGGUGGUCGCUAGCGCAAGGAUGACCACUCCCGCCCUGCUGCCGCUCUCCGGGCGGAGGCUGCCCCCGCUCAACCUGGGGGCCUCCGCCUUCCCGCACCACAGGGCUACCUUGAGACUCUCCGAAAAAUUUAUCCUGCUCCUUAUUCUUAGUGCCUUCAUCACCCUGUGCUUCGGGGCGUUCUUCUUCCUCCCCGACUCCUCGAAGCACAAGCGCUUUGACCUGGGCUUGGAGGAUGUGCUCAUUCCCCACGUGGACACCAGCAAAGGGGGCAAGAACCUCGGCGGCUUCCUCAUCCACGGGCAGGGGCACGACGAGCACCGGCACAGAGAAGAAGAGGAACGUCUGAGAAAUAAGAUCCGAGCAGAUCAUGAAAAGGCUCUGGAAGAGGCUAAGGAGAAAUUGAAGAAAUCACGUGAUGAAAUUCAAGCUGAGAUUCAGACAGAGAAGAACAAAGUAGUGCAAGAAUUGAAAAAGAAAGACAGCAAACCACUGCCCCCUGUUCCUUUACCAAAUCUAAUAGGGAUAAACAGUGGAGAACCAGCAGACCCGGAUAUCCGAGAGAAGAGGAACAAAGUUAAAGAGAUGAUGAAGCAUGCCUGGGACAAUUACAGACAAUAUGGUUGGGGACAUAAUGAGCUCAAACCAAUUGCCCGGAAAGGACAUUCCACCAACAUAUUUGGAAACUCGCAAAUGGGUGCUACCAUAGUAGAUGCAUUGGAUACUCUUUAUAUCAUGGGGCUUCAUGAUGAAUUCAGAGAAGGUCAAGAAUGGAUUGACAAAAAUCUUGAUUUCAGUGUGAAUUCUGAAGUGUCUGUAUUUGAGGUUAAUAUUCGCUUCAUUGGCGGUCUUCUAGCAGCAUACUACCUUUCAGGACAAGAGGUAUUCAAGAUCAAAGCAGUGCAACUGGCAGGAAAACUUCUUCCAGCUUUCAACACACCUACGGGUAUACCAUGGGCAAUGGUGAAUCUGAAAAGUGGUGUCGGUCGCAACUGGGGCUGGGCUUCUGCUGGCAGCAGCAUCCUUGCUGAGUUUGGUACUCUGCACAUGGAAUUUGUCCACCUCAGCUAUUUGACAGGGGACCCUGUAUACUACAACAAGGUGAUGCACAUUCGGAAGUUACUUCAAAAAAUGGAUCGUCCUAAUGGACUUUAUCCAAAUUAUUUGAACCCAAGAACAGGACGGUGGGGUCAGCAUCACACAUCCGUGGGCGGGCUGGGAGACAGUUUUUAUGAAUAUUUAUUGAAAGCCUGGCUUAUGUCAGACAAGAUGGACACGGAGGCAAGAAAAAUGUACGACGAUGCAAUUGAGGCCAUAGAAAAACAUCUCAUCAGAAAGUCCAAUGGAGGACUGACCUUCAUUGGAGAGUGGAAGAACGGGCAUCUUGAAAGAAAGAUGGGCCAUUUGACCUGUUUUGCAGGGGGAAUGUUUGCCCUUGGAGCAGAUGGUUCCAGAGAUGAUAAAGCUGGACAUUAUUUGCAGCUUGGAGCUGAAAUUGCACAUACAUGUCAUGAGUCGUAUGACAGGACAACAUUAAAGCUGGGCCCAGAAGCAUUCAAAUUUGAUGGUGGUGUAGAGGCAGUGGCAGUGCGGCAGAAUGAGAAGUAUUAUAUCCUAAGGCCAGAAGUGAUUGAGACCUACUGGUAUAUGUGGAGAUUCACCCAUGAUCCCAAGUACAGGCAGUGGGGCUGGGAGGCAACACAGGCAAUUGACAAGUAUUGCCGAGUUAGUGGUGGCUUUUCUGGUGUCAAGGAUGUCUAUUCCUCAUCUCCUACAUACGAUGACGUACAGCAGAGCUUUUUCCUUGCUGAAACCUUGAAGUAUUUGUAUCUGCUUUUCUCCAACGAUGAUCUUCUACCAUUAGACAACUGGGUUUUUAACACAGAAGCUCAUCCUCUGCCUGUUUUACAUUUAGCCAACACCACACUGUCAGGAAAUCCUGCAUAUCGAUAAAAACAGCUCUAUGAGGAGGAAGAGAGACUGUUUUCAGCUCUGUUUUGUUUACAUGGACCACUUGAGACUUUAAGCAGGAGAGGAGACAGACAGACGCUUGGUAAAACUAGACCUCCAAGUCAAGCAAGUACCAGCGUGAGAAAUGAAGCUCUUCAACAUAUAGAUAAGUUAAAAGUUCUGUUUUAUACAUGACCAAAACACGUCAGCGUGAUUUUUGCAGGACAGAGACUUCACAUGCUUUGAACCCUAGCAAGACAUGGAAUCUACUGAUAAUAUUAAUGCAGCAGCUUAAGGAAGAAGAGGCUUUCCCAUCUGGGGAGAGGAACUUGCUGUUGCUGUUCACUGUUGCAAGGAACAACACACCAGUCACCUCUUCAGAUCGGGUGGGUUCCAAAUACCUAGGUUUUCUUUUUCUUUUCUUUUCUUUUUUUUUUUAUGAUGGCAUGAACGAAACAAAAACAAAAAGUGACAUCACUACACCAGCAGCACCAGGAUUUGAACUUUUUUCUGUACCUGUCUGAAUUUUCUAAGGAGCAUCUGUUUGUCCAGACUGGCAGCCAUUCUCAGGGCCUCUAAGCUAUUAAAGCUAAACUCUAAACUAUAAACAGUACUGCCUCAUUUUCCCUUUUCAAAAUAAUGCUUACAUCCAGAAAGAAAAAACAAUUAGUAAGCAUUUGGUUUGUAGUUCACUGUCAGCAGCGUGGGCUUAGUUCAUUUGGCAAGCUACAGUCACAGAGUCUGGAGUAUAUCGCAGGGGUAGGAAGGAGCCUAAACUUCCCUUCCUCACAAAUCAUUUCACAUGAAAAAAACCAUUCUCAGUCAUGGUUCUUUUAGCUAAAUAAACAGAGAUGACAACUUAAGAAAAACAAUCUCGUGAUUUAUAUAGAAGGAUACAUAUGGAACUAAAAAAAGCUCUUCUUGAGCUAAGCAGCUGGAGUUUGUUGCUUUAUAUUAUUCUACACAAUCUAUAUUUUUCCUAAAAGUUACAUUUCGUUCUUUGAAUUCUAUUCAUAGAACCUUCUUUGAAGGUUGUUUAUGACAGAAGCCUAAAAUUGCCUUUUAUUUAGUUUACAAAACUUGCUGUUCUUCUGGGGGGGUCCAGUACAAAUGCAACAUGAUCUCCUUAAGAUGCAACUUAACAUCCCUUACAUAUGAGUGGAAAAAGAAACUGAAGAGUCUCUUCUUUCAUUAAUUUAUGAGGAAUGAGGUGCUGCUACCUGCAUGGCGUUAUUUUCAAGUACUCCAUGGCUGGGCUGGACAGUAUCACUUAAAUGCAGUCCGCUUCAGUCUUCACUUAUUUGCCAAAAGAAGUUUGUUUUUUUUCAGGUCUUUUCAGCUUUUGUGUCUUUUCAGUUUUGUCCUUCACAAUCUCUUCGUACUCUUGUUCCAGCUCAAAUUAUUCUUUUUAUUCCCCUGUAUAGUUCUCAGAUCUUUUUGCCAUGAUGACUGGCCCCUUUGCUGAAGAACAACUUUUAGGUGCUCCUUUCCCUCCUAAUUCAUGCACAGAUUGAGUCUUUAAAAAAUCUUUAUGAUGUUUUCAGACAUAGAUCAACUCUUUAGUGAGCUACAGCAGUGCACCAUCAGAUCUAAAGGGGGAGGGUGCUAUUUUGCCCCCUCAAAAAUGUUUUUAUAUGAAGUUUUAUAUAUAAAAACCUUUUUCCCUAUCAUAUUAUAUCUGACUGUAGAGUUUCCUCCCUAAAAUUAUUCCUCAUUUGUCUAUGAUACUAACUUAGAUAUAGAAGUCAUCACAUGAUCUAAAUAAAAAUGCCAUCAGAUGCUUUUUUCCAGCUAGUUACUUUAGUUUAAGAGGAAGAAGACAUGGAGCUGGCCACAAGCUCCAAUCUCAACCUUUGUAUCUUAAUACCGGUUACUUAGUUACAGUAAUUGCAGCUGUAUCUUGAAAAUAAUUUGAGAGCUGAUGAAGUAAUUAAUAUAGUAAAUAAUACUGAUUCCAGUAUUUUUUAAUUUAAAAUUAGAAGUAGGUUAAUAAAUGGAUUCUUCUUACUGGUCCCACAUUAAUUUAUUUUUCUAAUUAUUAUUCAGUAAUUCACUGAAGAACUAGUCAUUUUUCAUUUUCCAAAGUUCAGAUACGUUGUGUUUUCAAAUUGUUUUUCCAGUCCCAUGAGAACUGUUGUUUGUUAAAAACUGCACUCAGUUACCUUGUUCUCCUAAGUCUCUCUGGGUACAAAGGAGAAAGAGGAAAAGCAGACUCUUCUGUUUUAUUUGAAAAAAAAAAAAA